CAACAACAUGCUGAGUGAGAAGUAAACACAGGUACUUCCUGCUUGAGACAGCCUGCAUUUGACAUAUUUCAACAGUGGGUUUAAAUAAGUUAACAAUGCAAAAAAAGUAAACGGUUGUGACUGAAGGCCUUGUUUUGAGGGUGUUUUGCAGACCAGUGCUUGUCGUCCUGGGGAUUUUCCAGAAAAACUGUAGACUGCCCCCGAAGACCGGAUUGUCCCAAUAUAAACAAAUGCACAAUCGUGAUACAGCAACUAAAUCUGAAUGCUUCGGACAGUGGGCUACACCACACGAUCGCCCUUAAGGCGGAAUUGUCCGAGGAUUUCCGAUUGACAGCGACUAUCUUCGGAAUCCUCUGUAAUAAAUCGUCUGCUAUCCGGAGUGAAUGAUAACGAGGGAACUCAAACGAAGGUAAAUGUAACUAUAAGGCUGCUGUUUUGUCAAAGUCAAUUCAUUCAGUAAAAUGGCAACCUUUCCACAAUCCAACCUUUACAAGGGAUCUGACAUGUUCCAAGACUUCUUGUGCUCGACCUGUGAAGACAACAAAUUGGAUAAAACGGCUGAUUUCUACUGCGAAUCAUGCAUGAAGUUUUAUUGCCGAAAUUGUAUAAACAUGCACCACCUGUUGUUCACAAAACACUCCCCCUUUGGAAGGGGAGAUAUGAAGAAAUGGCCAGUGGCCAAGAAGGUGGAAGAUUUUGUUCUGAAAUGUGAUGUCCAUAAAGAAGAGAACCUGAAAAUGUUAUGUGAUGACCACAAUGACCUAUGCUGCACGAAAUGUGCAUUCCUUAAACACAGACACUGUCGAAAGGUAAAUUUUAUAUCUGAACUAGUAAAAAGUCGCAAUACAGACCUUCAAAAACUGUCACUUUCUAUCCUUACUAUCCUGGAAGAAAUGAAGGAACUUCAAGGCAAUCAAGAGGCUAGCAUUCGGUAUGUGCAAAGUUCAUAUGAUGAACAGUUACUCACAAUACAAGAAACGCGGCAAAAAAUAAUUGCAGCCUUCAACAAGAUUGAACAGAAGACACUGAAGGAAAUGAAAGAUACUCUAACGAAACUGCAAGCCGCUUCCAAAAGUGAUGGUGACAAAUGCAUCAGACUGUGGGAUGAAUUGCAACAACUUCGAGACGCUAUACAGGACAUUGGAGAUAAAAGCAAUCAGGAACUAUCCUUUAUAGCUGCAAAGAAAUGUGAGGACAUAAUACAGCAGUCUGAAACCUUCCUUGAGAAAAACUCUCUUCAGUUUAAAGUAUCCAUUACAUUCCAACCUAACAGUGGAAUUGUACACUACUUGUCCAAUCUGUCAGGUCUUGGGAGGAUUGAACACAGUGCCCAGAAUCCAAACAAGGUGUUAACAUUGCAGGGAAAGUCUGUACAAAAUGUGAGAAUAUCAAGGGAUUCCACCUCAUGCCAUAUCACAGCCAUCUGUGUCCUCCCGGAUGGACAGGUCCUUGUUGCAGACAUGGAUAAUAAGAAAAUCAAGCUGGUUGAUGAGCAGUACCAGGUGGUGAGUCACUGGAGUGUGACUGCCUAUCCAAAAGACAUUUGUCAGAUCACACCCAGUGAGGUGGCUGUGACUGUGGAUGAUACUAACACAAAUGAGGUCCAGUUUAUCACAGUCAACAAAAGGCAGCUGGUGACAGGAAGAAAGCUUCAGUUACAACAUACUUGUAAUGGUAUUGCCUGCCACCAGGAAGACCUGUAUAUUACUUCUGAUACGGCACUUUACAAGUACAAACUGAGUGGGAAACUUGUCAGGAAGAUGUAUAAAGAUACAUCAGGCAAUUAUACAGUGAGCAGAUGUGCUGUGAAUCCCACCGGGGAAAAGUUGUACAUCAUUAACUUCUCCCAUGGCAAGCUCCUCACCCUGGCCAGCAAUGGUUCAGUCUUGGCCACAUUCAGUGACCCUGCACUAGAAGGUCCACGUUGCGUACAUGUGACACCUGCAGGCCAGGUGCUGGUCUGUGGAGGGGGGUCCAGCACUAUCCUACAAGUUGACAUAAGGGGCAGAAGGAAGCUGGCUAGUCUUGCUUCACGGAAGGAUGGAGUGGUGUCCCCAUGGUCAGUCUGCUACAACAGACACACUGCCUCCAUGAUUGUGGGACUUUAUGAGAACAGCAACAUACUGGUGUUCAAAGUACAAUAGUUUAACUUUGUACGUAUCAUGAUGUUUGAUUCAGAUUAUUUACAUGUAUGUAAAUUGCAAUGAGAUUGUGUUGUUGUGCAUAAGAAUAUUGUGUUAUGAUACUACAUCAAUGUAAGUGUUAAUGCAGAUGCAAUGAUUUUGUUAAGCAAAUUUUGUAAUAAGUGAACAUAAGAAAUACCAAAGAUAUUUUUAUAUUGUAACGUGGUAAUGCAGAUGCAUUGAAUUUGCAAACAAAUUUUGUAAUUAGUGAACAUAAAAAAUACAAAAAAAUUUUAUAUUGCAAUUUGUUAAUGCAGAUGCAUUGAAUUUGUAAACAAAUUUUCUAUUGAGUGAACAUAAGAAAUACCAAAGAUUUUUUAUGCUCCCCUUCGAAGAAGAGGGGGUAUAUUGCUUUGCACAUGUCGGUCUGUCGGUCGGUCCGUCCACCAGGUGGUUUCCGGAUGAUAACUCAAGAAUGCUUAGGCCUAGGAUCAUGAAACUUCAUAGGUACAUUGAUCAUGACUUGCAGAUGACCCCUAUUGAUUUUAAGGUCACUAGGUCAAAGGUCAAGGUCACUGACCUGAAAUAGUAAAAUGGUUUCCGGAUGAUAAUUCAAGAACGCUUAUGCCUAGGAUCAUGAAACUUGAUAGGUAGAUUGAUCAUGACUUGCAGAUGACCCCUAUUGAUUUUCAGGUCACUAGGUCAAAGGUCAAGGUCACAGUGACCCGAAAUAGUAAAAUGGUUUCCGGAUGAUAACUCAAAAACGCUUAUGCCUAGGAUCAUGAAACUUGAUAGGUAGAUUGACCAUGACUUGCAGAUGACCCCUAUUGAUUUUCAGGUCACUAGGUCAAAGGUCAAGGUCACUGUGACACGAAAUAGUAAAAUGGUUACCGGAUGAUAACUCCAGAACGCUUAUGCCUAGGAUCACGAAACUUGAAAGGUAGAUUGAUCAUGACUCGCUGAUGACCCCUAUUGAUUUUCAGGUCAAAGGUCAAGGUGACCCGAAAUAGUAAAAUGGUUUCCGGAUGAUAACUCAAGAACGCUUAUGCCUAGGAUCAUGAAACUUGAUAGGUACAUUGAUCAUGACUGGCAGAUGACCCCUAUUGAUUUUCAGGUCACUAGGUCAAAGGUCACAGUGACCCAAAAUAGUAAAAUGGUUUCCCGAUGAUAACUCAAGAAAGCUUAUGGCUAGGAUCAUGAAACUUCAUAGGUACAUUGAUCAUGACUCGCAGAUGACCCCUAUUGAUUUUCAGGUCACUAGGUCAAAGGUCAAGGUCACAGUGACAAAAAACAUAUUUACAAAUUGGCUGUCACUGCAACUGAGAGCCCAUAUAGGGGGCAUGCAUGUUUUACAAACAGCCCUUGUUUUAUAUUGUUACAUGUAUAACAUUUGUGUUUGUAUUUCGCUUUUACUAAACAAGUUGACAAUCAUGAACUGCUUGUGAAAAUACAAAAACAAUUUGAGUUCAGAAUACCCUGUAGAAUGUCUGUUAUUAACAUAAUUUUACAUCACACUGGGUGUAUAUAUAGAUUGUGGUUUCUUUAAACAUACAUAAGAAGUUAAUUGAAGAUAACUUGAAAUUUGUAUAGUUUUGUUUCCUGCACUGAAGAAACAUUUUUGUAUUAAUCGUUAUCUAAAGCUGUGUACAGUGAACCACAAAAUCAUACCCGUUCAAAGAACGCUCGCAUGUUGUAUGUACACAUGAUUACAAUACUAUUUUAAAUAUAAUGCAUUCAUAUAAAAGUCAUGCGGGUUUAAUAAAAUAAAAUGAUUUUUUUCA